GAGUGAGGUCUUCAUUAGUGAGGUCAUUUCGUGAUAUAUGCUGUAAACAGGAACCUAUUUCAAAGUAGAUCCAUGUAGACUUCGUUUUGGUUGAUGCUGCCAAUUGUGACGUUUUGUUACACUGUGCUGAUUCCGUGUUCGUUAAAUGCAAUUUCUCUAGUGCGCGAAUAAAAUUGGAAUAAAAAAAAAUGAACAAAGACUGCAUUUGUAUUUUGUUUAUGGUCGUGAGCUUGGUGAUUGGUCAGUCUGACUUCAUGUGUCCACCAAAUACUAAAAUGGGUUUGUGUGAGCCGCCACCGUCACCAUGCGUCACAGAUGCGGACUGCAUCCAAGACCACAUCUGCUGUCCACAUGCCUGCAGUCGCACGUGCAAACCCAAGAAUAAUUACGUUUCUCAAGUCGGGGGAAGUUCAGCCAGCGCUAGCCAGGUGCCGGACCUACUGAAUGACCCCCGAGUUUACGUAGGUCGGUGUCCAGACUCUAGCUGCUUUGCGCUGUUCCCGGAACCCAACGAAUGCAGCACCUCCAAGUUGUGUCCCCAGGAGCAGUACUGCUGCAACGAUGGAUGCAAGAACGUCUGCCUGAUCAAGCCAGAGUACGCAGCUCUCAUGGCGCAGCAGGAAGCCAAGCAGAGACAGCAGCAACAGAUCAUGUACCAGAAACAGCAAGAAGAACUGAUGAGGCGUCAACAGGAAAUGUUGCUACAGCAACAGCGUCAGAUAGCGUUGGCCGAGCAAGCUAUGCUGCAGGCUAAAGCUAGAGCUACAGCGGAGGCAGAGCUGGCGGCCCAGCAGGCCAGAGCGAAAUAUGAAAAAGAAUUACAACUAAAGGCAGAAGCCCAGGCAGCGAAACAGAAGCAACAGUUGGCUCAACAGCAGGCAGCAGCGUUGCUUCAGCAGCAGAUGCAAGAACAACAACAACAACAACAACAACAACCGAAUCAACAGCAGACGAACUCUCAGACGCCAGCAUCCUCCAGCGGAUACAACUUCCUCGACAACUUUGUGGACGGUCCUCAAACAAUGACCGGCACCAACACCGAGCUGCCGGCCCGAUCUUCUAAGUUCUCCGAGCUGACGGGGAGACCAACCGGCACCCAGGGUGCUCACAGCGGCGACAAAAGUCUUAGCUUACUGGCCGCGCAGCUCAACUCUCCGGCUAGCGCCAACCCUUACAGCUCCGCCCAUCAGCAAAACGUGUACAGCAAAAGUGAUUACCUUCCGCCAGUGAGGUCCGAAACACAAGAGAGACUGAUUAGACUUAUCCUACCCCAGGGUUCCGCUUCGGGUUCACCUCCAAGGCCAGCCCAGCGGGCUCCCCAGGCUGUCCAGAGGGUUCCCCAACAGAUGGCCUAUCCUAACUCUGGCUACCCUUAUCCGCAAGCGAACCAAUCCCCCGUCAGGCAGCAGGGUUCUGUCGAUCCAUACCUCAUGUUCCAUUUUAUGCAGACUGCUGCCUAGUGUUUCACUACCAUUAACCCUCAUAUGCCCGAAAUACUUUAUAGCAAAUAACAGUAGAAUGAAAGUAAGGAGCUCUAAUAGACGCAUUGGGUUAAAUUUCAUCCAUCCUAUUACCGCUAUUACAGGAUCUGUUUUUUUUAAAGAAAGACUUCUGACUAAAUAUUGAGCUUCCUAAACUUGGUACUAAGAAUGUCUUUAUUUGUUUGCUUGUUUUAAAUACACAAUGCUCUACAAAUGGAAUUACCAUAUUUCUCAUCAAUAAGAGACUUAGCUUUAUAUAUUCUUUUUAAACAUGUAUGGGUCAUCGAAAUUUGUGAAUUGACCAUUCAAAGGUCCACAAUAUCGAUCUUUUUUUUUAAAUCUGGAAGUAGUAACACUAAGCCCUAGUCUAUACUAAAUGUGUAGGAUUGUAGACCUGUUUAUAUAAUUUGUAUCAAUGUUAUUAUGCAAACUUCAGAAGUUAAGUGUUUGUUAAUAAUUCUUUACACAUUUUUAAUUUUAGAUAAAUAAACACAAAAAUUACAGAAACCAGCCAGAUUUUGAGCAGGAUUUAAGCAAGAAAAGGAGUUUGUCGUUGAUUUAGAAGGAUAUUGAACUGAAAAAUAAGAUUAUACUGGUGCAUCGCUUAAUCUCAAAAUUGGAAGAAUUUUUUUUUAAACAUGUUAAAGAAGAAAUAUUUUGGAGAACUCUUUAUUUUUUGUUCUCUGUUAGUUAUUUCAAAUUCUUAUAACUACAAGCAAAGUUUCUGUUCAUUAUUUCAAUCAUUUCAUUUGAUUGCGGAGAAAACAAAAUAUUCCGUUUUAGUCUUUGUAUCUAUCAAAUAAAUUGAUAUGAAGGUAUCGUCAUUGAAAUUCACCAUUUAGCCAUAAACUUUUGUUACUUAUGAAUAUUUAUAAUUAAAAAAAGAUUUCAGGAGAAUGCAGUCAAUCAGUUACAAGCAAAUGUCAAGUAUUUAGGUAACAAUCUAGGGAAUUAAUUCAGUCACUAACAUUCAUCUUUUAAAAAAAAAAUUUAGAUAUCCAGACAAGUUCUUUUCCAGAACAGACAGAUAUUCUAAACACUUUACAAGAAUUUAAUGCUACUUAAAACCAUUUUUUAGCUUUCGUACUAAUUCAUAUUAUUGAAACCGCUAGUCAAAUUGAACAAAACUAAGACAAUUAUAUGCUAAACAUUGUUUUCCAUUAGCUCUCACAUCCAGGCAACAUGUUGUGAUGAUUAUCUGUAGUACUGUUGCAUCCAUUGUAUUAGCAUUUCCAUAAAUACAAUUGAAGAAAUAGAGGGGGUUUAUAAAAAUAUUAAUGAAUAUAUUUCUAGAUCUGCAACACAACUGUAUGUAAAUAGCGAUUUUAUUUAUAAUAAUAAUAAUAAUAAUCUUUAUUAUCCGUAAGGAUGUAGGGUUAUGUAGGGAAUCUGAGUUUCUUUCUUAGUUCCUGUAUGGAAAAUGGUUAUAAUAGUCAAACGCAAUAUUUAUGUGAUUUGAUAUAGGAAGGAGAUAUUUUUUGUUUAUUUCAAUAAAUAGUUUAUUGUUCGGUAUA